AUGGACCACAUCUCUUCGCGCUUUCGGCGCACCAGCAGGAAAGGUGCCUUGUCGCCUGCACCAACACCUGUUUCCGCGCGAACAUCGGCUGACAGUAGACUUGCUCCUCGGCCUUCUACUGACUCGCCUCCCGUUCUUUCUAUCACUCCCACGACUACGCCGCCGCGCUCCAGCCAUAGCAGCCAGAGCAACCACAGCAUAUUUCCUCCGAAGUCGCCCCUGAACCCCUCCAAGUUCCGUGGCUUCCACUUCCGCUCCUCGCACAAGCGUGCCCGCUCGCCCGCGCCAGCCUCGCUUCCGCAGCCGUCUUCACCUGCCGUUGUUAAAAAUGACGGAACAGAUACCGGUGGUAGGGUAGGGUUGGAAAAAGCAAGGGAGCCGUUCAAGAUCCCCGCCUUCCUGGCCAUGUCGGAACAGGACAUACUCGCAAAGUACACCGAUAUUGUCUGGCUGGAGCGCGAACGAAUGCUGGAGUCCAUGACGAAUCCGUCACCAACGUUUAAGUAUGCGCGUCCCGACCCAGCCUUCCGAACCCUCGACCGGUAUGCGAAUAUCCAGCCUUGGGACAACAACCGCGUCAAGCUGCGCGUCCCCGAAGGCGCCGUCGACUACAUCAACGCGUCGCCGAUUGUACUCAAUUCGCCGUUGGACGCCGAGGCCAGACCUCCACACAUAUACAUCGCCAUGCAAGGGCCGAGGGUACACACUGCGGAGCACGUGUGGCGCAUGGUAUCCGAACAGCUCGAGAGUCCAGCCGUCGUCGUCAUGCUCACCGAAACGCACGAGAACAACCUGGAGAAAUGUUACCCUUACUUCCCCCACGCCGUGGACGAGACCAUGGAGAUUGGCGAGGACGACGAAUUCGAGGACGGCUUUCGCGGGCAAGUUAAGUGCGUCAACGUCGAGGACAAGGCAGACGGCGCAAUCGAGAUGCGGAAACUAAAUCUACACAUCGACGGGCGCGACGACGACAUGGAAGUCUGGCACCUCCUAUACAAGCGAUGGCCCGACUUUGGCGUGCCCGCCUUGCAGGACAUCGAGUCCUUCUUCGAGCUGAUGCGCCUCUCGCGCGCCAAAAACGCAAGCGAACGCAAUCCGCGCAUCGUCCACUGCUCCGCGGGUGUCGGCCGCAGCGGCACGUUCAUUGCGUUAGAGCACCUGAUGCGCGAGGUGGAGUCCGGCGACCUCGAGCGGUACGACGAGACACACGAGGUGGACGCGGCCGAUUUAGUCUUUGACACGGUGAACGCGCUCCGGGAACAGCGCAAGAUGAUGGUGCAGUCCGAGCCGCAGUUUCUGUUCAUAUACCAGGUUCUCCGCAAGCAAUGGAUGGAGAAGUACGGUGUGGAGGACUCCGUGGACGAGCCGGCUGCUAAGAGACUCGAGGUCGGCCAUGAUCCGUUCGUGGAGGAGUAA